AUGGCCUCCGCCCCUGAAUACUCCCGCUCCUCCCGCGAAGAUGCCCCAUUCCUCCCCGAAAACACCUCCGACGAUACCAACACUCCUACCGAGUCAAAGUCCCUCCACCAGAACAAUGCCGACUCCGCCGCCGCUGCGAAAAAGAUCGGCUUCCGGCUGAAGCUGACCCUCUUCCUGAUGAUCCUCGCCGUAGAUAUCGGCUUCGCAUUCCUAGAGGGCCCUAUGGUCCGCAUUCUGGAAUCUAUCGCCUGUCGACAAUAUUUCGCCGUUGUCGAUCCCUCCAAGAUUGGCGCCAAUGGCUAUAUCCCCGAGGACCAGUGCAAAUUGCCCGAAGUUCAGUCGGAAUUGGCCGCUGUGAAGGGCUACCAUAUGUUUUUCGAUGGCCUGUUGAGCGCGGCCAUGGCCUUUCCUUACGGUCUGCUGGCGGACCGGCGCGGGCGCAAAUCUACCCUGGCCCUGGGUCUUCCGGGCUUCGCGAUUAAUUCCAUCAUUACUGUGGCGGUGAUGUGGUUCUCGGAUAUCUUCCCCUUGCGGGCGAUCUGGCUGUCUUCCUUGGCGUGGUUGAUUGGUGGUGGUCCCGUUGUGGCAUUUGCCAUCAUUUGGACUAUGAUGGCGGAUGUUACCACGGAGUCGGAGAGAGCCGCCAUGUUCUUCCAAUUCGGCAUUGUUUCGAUGGGCGCGGACUUUGUUUCCACGGCUGCUAGUUCGUGGCUUAUGGCGCUGAAUCCCUGGAUCCCGCUAUUCAUCGGCUUUAUCAUCAUCUUCCUCGGAUUAUUGAUGACGUUUCUCCUCCCAGAGACGAAACAUGCCUUCGUCAAGGACGACCCCGUCCACGUGGAGCUCUCUGAGUUUGACGACGAGGCCGAACCGAAACGUCAGUACACCGACCCCAACGACACGGAUAGCGAAAUGAACACCCGUCCCUCAAUGGACGCGCACAUGUCAUGGAGCUACCCGAAAACAAGCUCACGGGUCCGAUCCUGGUGGGACAGAUGCCGGACAAACAUCCGCUUCUACGUCCGGCCGUAUCUCUUCAUCCUCGACCAUAAACCGGUCCUCCUGCUCCUAUCGGUGUUUCUAAUCUACCGCCUCAGUCGCGGCUCCUCCUGGUUCCUCACCCAAUAUAUCUCCACCCGCUAUCAUUGGUCAAUAGCGGAGUCGAACCUCCUCGUCGCAUUCCGACCAACAGUCACCAUCCCAGUCUUCCUCUGGGGCCUCCCUUAUCUGAAGAAGCACUACCUCAACGCCCGCCACUCGUCCACACAGAAGGACCUCUCCCUAGCCCGGGCUAGUAUCCUCUGCUUCACGCUGGGAACACUGGGCAUCGGACUCUCUCCCGCCAUCGGCACUUUGAUCCCGAGCAUGAUGCUCCAAGCCUCGGGGUCUGGCUUCGUCUUCCUCACGCGAUCAAUCAUCACCACGCUAGUUGAUCGGGACCAGACUGCCAGACUGUACACGGUGAUUGAGAUCCUGCAGUCGGUUGGUAAUGUGGUAGCUAGCUUGACUAUUACGGCGGUCUUCCAGCUUGGGUUAAGGCUUGGUGGGUUCUGGAUCGGACUCGCAUGGAUGGUAACUAGUUCGUUGUUUUGCAUGGUUGCGGCGGCUAUCUGGGUCUUUCGUCUUCCUCCGGCGCCGAGGGAGGACUUUGUUGUUGGCGAUUUUGAAGAUGAGGAGUAG